AUGACAACAAAUGUUGAAGCAGAUUUAACAAAAAAAUUAGAAACAAGUAGUUUAGAAGCAGCUCAACAUGAAAUACCAAUAAGUAAAGAUACAGCUGAUGCUUUAAAAGCACAAGCAAAUGAAGCAUUUAAAAAUGGUGAUUAUGACACGGCAACUGAACUAUAUUCAAAAGCAAUUGAAAUUUAUCCUGAUGCAAUUUUAUAUUCAAAUCGAAGUUUUGCUUAUCUUCGUCGUGAAUGGUAUGGUUAUGCAUUGAUUGAUGCUAAAAAAGCACUUGAAUAUGAUUCGAAAUAUAUUAAAGCAUUCUAUCGACGAGCAUCUGCUUAUAUGGCUUUAGGUAAAUAUCCAUUAGCAUUAAAUGAUUAUGAAUAUGUUAAAAAAGUAUGUCCAAAUGAUAAAGAUGCUUUAUUAAAAUAUGAAGAAUGUAAAAAAAUUGUAACACGUAUUCGUUUUGAAAAAGCAAUUGCUGUUGAUGAAUCGACAAAAUCAGUUGUAAAUCAAAUUGAUCUAAAUUCUAUGACUAUCGAAAAAGAAUAUGAUGGUCCACAUUUAGAUGCUGAAGGUCGUGUUACAAAAGAAUUUAUGUUUGAACUUUUACCAUAUUUUGAAAAUCAAAAAAAACUUCAUAAAAAAUAUGCUUAUCAAAUUAUUUUACAAAUUCUUACGCUACUCAAAACCUUACCAUCUUUAAUUGAUAUUACUGUACCAUCAAAACAUAAAUUUACUAUUUGCGGAGAUGUUCAUGGACAAUUUUAUGAUUUAUUAAACAUUUUUAAAUUAAAUGGACCACCAUCAGAUCAAAAUCCAUAUUUAUUUAAUGGUGAUUUUGUUGAUCGUGGUUCAUUUAGUAUGGAAUGUAUUCUUACUUUAUUUGGUUUUAAAUUACUUUAUCCUGAUCAUUUCUUUCUUGCGCGAGGUAAUCAUGAAUCAUUAACAAUGAAUCAAAUGUAUGGAUUUGAAGGUGAAGUCAAAGCAAAAUAUACAGUACAAAUGUUUCAAUUAUUUACAGAAGUUUUUAAUUAUUUACCAUUAUCACAUUGUAUUAAUAAUAAAGUUCUUGUUAUGCAUGGAGGAUUAUUUAGUAAAGAUGAUGUAACAUUAAAAGAUAUACGUGCUAUUGAACGAGUUAAACAACCACCAGAAGAUGGAUUAAUGUCAGAAAUAUUAUGGAGUGAUCCACAACCACAAAAUGGUCGAUCGGAAAGUAAACGUGGUGUUGGUCUUCAAUUUGGACCUGAUGUUACUGAACGUUUUCUUAAAUUUAAUAAUUUAGAAUAUGUUGUUCGUAGUCAUGAAGUUAAACAAGAAGGUUAUGAAUUAGCACAUAAUGGAAAAUGUAUUACGGUAUUUUCAGCACCAAAUUAUUGUGAUUCAAUGGGAAAUAAAGGUGCUUAUAUAACAAUAACAGGUGAUGAUGUAAGGCCAAAAUUUACAUCUUAUACUGCUGUACCACAUCCACCUGUUCGUCCAAUGAUGUAUGCCAAUCAAUUAUCGAUGUUUGAUAAUCGAGUAGCUGUAGAAAGCAGUGCUUAUCCUUGGUCAGCAGUCGGAAAAUUAAGCACUGAUUGUACAGGAACACUAGUUGGAUCUGAUCUAGUUCUAACAGCCGCUCAUUGUGUAAUCGAUUCAAAAACUCAUGCAUUAAGUACAAAAUCACUCUAUUUCUAUGCAAAUAUGAUCGAUGGUAAAUCGAGUCAUCAGGCUUUUGUAUCGCAUAUUUGGUGGGGUACAACUGAUCCAGACACGAAUCGUAACAAAGAUUGGGCUCUUCUUCGUUUAGAUAAGAAACUAGGUGAUACUCAAGGUUGGCUUGGCGUAAGAAUGCUUUCAACUAAUACAAUGAUAACUACAUCUGGCACAUUAGUUGGUUAUUCGGCAGAUUUUCGAAAUAGUAAAACAGCUGGUGUACAUGUCGGUUGUAGUAUAACUAAACAACUGAAAGAUGAUUUAUUUAUACACAAUUGUGAUAUGACUAGAGGAGCCAGUGGUGGACCAAUUUUUGCAAAUUGGAAUGGUUCACCAUAUAUAUAUGCACUCAAUGUAGCUGAAUUUCGUCAUGGUGGUGAUCAAAGUUUACAAAUAUGGAACUUUAACGAUAAUGAAGCUAACGUUGCUAUGUGGUCGGUAGAACUCAUGAACAAAAUUAAUUCAUUAAAACAAUCAUAA